AAGCCCCACCCGCUUGUGAUUUGGCACGGUCUAGGAGAUUCGGCCUAUGCUGAAGGGCUCGUCGACCUCAAGCGCUCCCUUGAAGAAGCCUUCCCGGGGCUAUUCGUGCACAUCGUCUCUCUCGAGGAGGGCGAGUCCGCCGACCGAAAGCGUACCGUCUUUGGCUCCGUCAACGACGACGUAGACCAAGUCUGCGAGCAAUUGAAGGCCAUCCCCGAGCUCGAGGGCGGAAUGGAUGCCAUCGGCUUCUCGCAGGGUGGUCAAUUCUUGCGAGCAGUAGUGCAACGCUGCGAGGGGGUCAAGGUGCGCAACCUCGUCACCUUUGGUAGCCAACACAUGGGCAUCGCAGAUUUCCCUGCUUGCAAGCCGGCUGAUUUCCUCUGCCGUCUAGCUGAGGGGGCUCUCCGUGCUGGGAUCUACACCGACUACGCUCAGUCUCAUGUCGUCAGCGCACAGUACUAUCGCAACCCGCGGGAUGCGGAUGCGCUGCAGCGCUACUUGGAGACCAACCACUUCCUGGCCGAUAUCAACAACGAGGUGGAGCAGAACGACGAGUACAAGGAGCGUCUGAGUACACUGGACAGCUUUGUCAUGCUGCAGUUCAGCGAUGACGUUACCGUCGUUCCAAAGCGCAGCAGCUGGUUCGAGUCGUACCCGGAGGCCAAGCGCAACGACAGCAGCAUCAAGGGUCAUGACCCCGACGUCGACGAGACGACGCCGCUCAGGCAGAGCGAGAUCUAUACCUCUGAUCGACUGGGCCUUCGUUCGCUGGACAAGCGCGGCUCCCUCGUCCUGGAUGUCUGCAAGGGCCCACACAUGCACAUCGACUCGGCUUGUCAGCUCAAGGUCUUUGGCAAGUAUGUCGGGACGCCCAAGUCGUCAGCGAGCACCGUCGUGCCUGCUCCGGUUCGUCACGGGUGGGCUCGCACCCUCUACGCUACGACUGGGCUGAGG